UUUUUCGUUUAUUCCUCGCUCGAACCUCAUAAACGACGGAUCUGUUACUUUUACUCAUAUUUAACUUUCAUUUUUUAAACGUGAAACUCAUUGUAAUUGAGCAGUUUUUAACUUUCCGCUUUAAUAUUCGCUUCCGCGAAUUCAUUUUAAUUAAUAUUGGAUUUUAAAAAAGUUCAGAAAUGGCUUACGUUCCAGCCGGUGCGUUAGACCGGACUUCUAACGAAAACGGUCUCAAAGAAAAUCUAACUAAUGGAUUAAGUGAGAAAAUUGAGACCAAGUUAUAUAUUGCAAAUUUGCCACCAGAAUUAAAUGAGGAUGGCAUUAAGCAAAUUUUCACUCGGUACGGAGAUGUCACUUCUAUUUUAUCACUAUCGACAGUCGAUUGGGCAUACGUUACCUAUAGAACACAUCGAGAAGCUGUCCUUGCAAUAGCCAACUUGGAUGGAAAACCACCUUUAAAUUUAAAGGUAGAAAUCUCUAAAGGGAGACAGGCAAGAAAUGUAAAAGAACACACACGAGAAAAUGGAUUGUCCGUUGAUCCAGAGAGAAAUCCUAAUCCUUAUGCACCAGAUCACAGAGAAGCCGAUGUUUUUGUUUCUCGUAAUCACGUGCCACAUCAAAGUAUUCCAGAAAGAUUACGAUCAAGAUACAUGAUACCUUCCUAUGAAGUAGAGGAUGAUAUAAUGUACCCAGUAGAAAGUCAUCCGAGAACAUUAAAUCCAUUUGAAAAUGCAUAUCCCUAUCACAAUACAAAUUUACUUUGGACAAGAGGAAGACUUGCAGUGGCUGAUAAUGGACGACGACAAGUGUACAUGGGACGUGGACUUGCACGUUAUGAAAUUCCUGAUCAUCACCCUCGUUUGGAGGAAAAUAUAUCUGCUUUGUAUGAUAGGCGUUCAAAUGGCUUGUAUGAAUAUGGAGUUGAUAAUUUGAAGUACGAAAUUGGCAGAUGCUUGUUUUGUGGAAAUAUCACUAGAAUGAGAUGCUCAAAAUGCACCUCUUUCUAUUGUUCACGAAAUUGUCAGAAAGCCGAUUGGAACGCGCAUAAAGUUGAAUGUCUUUCUUUACCAGCUUUAACUGGAGUUCCAAAUGCGGUAAACGAUUUACAAGAACGUGUCUCUGUUUUAAAUCAAAGAAAACCAGCAUCACAAAAAUUGAAUUCUGAACAUGUUCAUGAAGAAAAGGAAUCUCAAAAUAUUGAACAAGAAUUGAAACAAAAAUUGAAAAUCCAUCAAGAAGAGGUGAAAGAAGAGACACAAAAAUCACGAAUUGAAAAAAGGGAUAUUGAUUGUCAAUUUCAGAAGCAAUUUUUAAAGAAAGAUAAAUUCAUUGAAGUGGAAGUCAUGUGUCCUAUCUCAAAUUGCGAAUGUUGGAUUCAACGAACAGAAGAUGCUGAAAAAUUCACCGAGUUAAUGGACGAUCUUAAGGCAUCAGAUCUCGCACCAAAAGCAGAUUUAAUAAUUGAUUCAAUGGUUGCUUACAAAUUUUACGAUAUGUGGCAUCGUGCCAUGAUUUUAUCAGUUGAACCAUUGACCGUGAAUAUCAUUGACUACGGCAUUAAUUGUGACGUUAAAAAUAAAAAUGACAUUCGCGAUUUGGGAAUGUACAAAAAUGUUCCCAGUUUUGCGAGGAAGAUUUUCAUUCAAAAUCGAAUUGAGGAUGAGCCAUUGAAGGAGAAUGAGCAUUUAUUCGUUAAAUUGGUAAGCGAGAAUGAUGAAACUGGUGUUCUGAUGGUUGUCAUUCCACAAACGGAGAAAACCCCAUCAGUGAAAAGUGGUCCCAGUUCACAAAAUCGUCGCGAUUCACAGAGCAGUCAUAAAUCGGUCAGCAAGAAUGAACCAAGUCCAAAGAAGCAGGAGGUGGAUGAAUCUCGUACUCAUUCAACAGUCAAGAGUCCUGCGACUUCUUCUCGAGGAGGCAAGAGACAAACGCCAGUUAUUCCCAAGGAACUACCUUGUCCAACUGGUUGUAUUUUGGAUCAUCUCGAAGCUGACGAUAAAGGUCUCAUUGAAGUUCACACUGAACUUGGGAAAAGUAAAUUUUCCAUUACAAUAAUUCCUCAAAGAUUCUCCAAAUAUUAUGAGAAGGUUCUGGUUCAUUUUGGAACUUACUGUGGGAAUGCGUCAAAAACACAAAGCUACACUCCGACGAUGGAAGGAGAAAUUGUCGCGGGUAGAAGAGCAGAUGACGAUUGGAUUCGUGGCCAAGUUUUGUCGCUUGAUACACCAAUAAAAGUAGCCUCUAUCGAUGAUGGUCGGGUCAGUUUAAUCCAGCAUUGCCUUAAAAUGCCAUCCGAGUUUGCUGAAGUUUGCACGUUUGCUGCAACCUGUUCAAUACAAGAUCUUAAAGAGAAGGUUGAAUCUUUGGAACACUUCUCAUUCGUGGUGCUUUCAUCGAAAAUUGUUGACGGUAAGGCAAAUGCAGAAAUAAUGUUGACGAGGGAUAAUAAUACAUCUUUCAAAGCUGAUUUGACCCAAUGGCAACCACCACCUGAACAAAUUGGCGUCACAAUGCCAAAACUGAAAACAAAUACAGAGAUAAUAAUAACUGCAUUCCGCAGUCAAUCUUUAAUCUAUGUACGCAGCCUUGAGACAAGUGAGGUUGAACGUUACAACAGAUUACUCCAGGAAGUAGCGAAAGUUGCUCAAUCUGCUCAAAAAUUGAAAAAUGUUCCCGUGAUUGGAGAAAUGAUUCUAUCGAAAUAUGAAGACAAUAAUUACUAUCGAGCGGUAAUUACAAAAAUAGACGGUGAUAAAAUUUUCAUUACUUACAUCGAUUUCGGUAAUGUUGAAGUUACAACGCUUACCGAUAUGAGAGAAAUGCCAAAUUCGUUGAAACAGCAAAAUUCGGCAACAGUUAGAGUUUCAUUGAAAGGUGUUCCAAGUGAUGUUCCAAUGACUGAGGGUCUCGCAAAUUACCUUGCACAUUUCACCCAAAUGGAGCAACCAUUAAAAAUGACUUUUGAAGGUUCUCCAUUGGACGAUGGUGUUGAAUUGAAAACUGCAUCGCGAGAAAGUGUCAAUGAAAAAGUUAAUCAACUUCUUAAUCCAAAUUGGAAGGAAGCCGAAAAAGAAAAAACUUGCUUCAUGCUAGACACUUUCCCUUGUGUGCGUUUGGGAGAAAAAGGUGAUACAGUCACUGUUUGCCUUCUUUAUACUCAACAUGCAGGAACAGAGUAUUUCAUGUGUCCUCUUGACAUUGAUUUAAUAGCUCACGUUCAAGAAACUCUCCCAGGGAUGCUUCAAAAGUAUGUCGAGUCAACAACCGAACAUUACAUUCCACGUGAGGGUGAAAUGUGUAUUGCACCUUUCGAGGGUACAUAUUAUAGAGCCGCGUGUUUAUCAAGAGGCGUAAAUAAAGCGAAUGUAUUCUUUGUUGAUUAUGGAAAUCUUGCCGAAGUCGAUCACAAAGAUUUAAGAUUCUUCCCCAAGGAAUUUGCAACUCCACCAGCUCUUGGAACUUGCUGCAGAGUUCAGAACUUUUUACCAAAGGAAUGUGAAAAACAGAUUUCACCACAACUUGAAUUGCGAAUUAGAGAACUACUCAGAGAACAAACUCCAGUCAGCAUUAAAAUUAUUGACAUCGAGGAAUCAACUCAAACUUUCUUCAUUGAAAUACCAGAAAUUCGGAGCAUACUUCUCAAAGAAAAUUUAUUUUAAACUCAUUCUUAAAAGAAUCCUAAGAAACGAUAAGAAAAUUAAAAAAAUACUUUAUUAUUGAGGAAAGCGGAAGGAAAAUUACUUUAUUUUUUAUACUGAUUAAAAAUAAGGCUUUUUUUUGUUCAUAUUUUAUCGUGAAAUUAUAUCGCAACAAUAAUUUUAAAAGAGAAAUGUUUAUUUUCUAUUUUGUGGAACGAUUUGAAAAUUUUCUUUUUAUAUAUUAAUUAAAAUUAUAAUUAAGUUUCAUUUUUAGACCUUUAAUUUCUUAUAAUUAAAAAUGUAAGUUUUUUUAAUUUUAAAAACAAAUUUUUUAAUGUUUCACUAUGGAAGGAAUUAUUCUUCGUCACUGUUUCUACAAUACAUGUAUACAUUUUUGAGAAAUAAAUGUAGACGUUCAUUUCAACGUUAUAUAUUCAUAAAAA